ACAGCGGGGUGUGCGUUGACAUUCCCGGUUGUAGAUGAAGGUAGUCCCAGAUGUUUUUGAGGAAGUUGUCCUCCAGUUCUGUUUAGUUGGAAGAAAAAAACCCGAUGGAAUCGCGCGGGCGGGGACGCUUGUUUUCCUGUUUUCAGCGGCCAAGUACAAUGUAACUGAUGAAGAGCUGGAGCAGGGAACCUCUGUUCAACACCAUGGCGACUGUUCUCUUCCUUUUCCUGAGCUGCCUCACUGUCUCGGUGCUGGAAUCUUCUCCUGACAAAGACUUACACCCCAGGUGUCCUCAUCUCACUGGCUGUGUGUCCACCAACAUGGAGACUUUCUACUGCAGAUGGGAUGUUUGUACCGUGCAGAACCUCUCAAAACCAGAAGACGUGCGUCUGUUCUAUAUUAGCAAAACACCUCCGCAUGCAACUCUUAAAGAGUGGAGUGAGUGUCCUCAUUACAGCACUGAGAAGCUGAACGAAUGCUUCUUCAAUGAAAAUCACACAUCCGUCUGGGUAUAUUAUAGCGUUCAACUGCGCUCAAGGGAUCAAACCAUCCUCUAUGAUGAGAAACACUUCUGUGUCCAGGAUAUUGUGCAACCAGAUCCACCAGUCAGCCUAAACUGGACAGUACUGAAUGUGAGUCUGACGGGUAACUUCUAUGAUAUAAUACUCAAUUGGAAGCCGCCUCCGUCUGCAGACGUGGGGAUGGGAUGGAUGACAUUACAGUAUGAGGUCCAAUACCGCAAAGUGGAUUUUGACAACUGGGAAAUGGCUGAACUUGUAAAAAGCACACAUCGCUCCUUGUAUGGACUCCAAAGUAAUAUCAAUUACGAAGUUCGAGUCCGCUCUAGAAGUAACGGUGGGAAGGAGUUUGGAGAGUUCAGUGACUCGAUAUUCGUCCACGUUCCAGCCGAAGCAUCACAAGUCCCUUUGGUGGCUUUAUUGAUCUUUGGCACCUUGUGCUUAGUGGCCAUCGUGAUGGUGGUUGUGGUUUCAAAGCAGGAAAAGUUGAUGGUAAUUCUUCUACCACCUGUCCCUGGACCUAAAAUAAGAGGAAUUGACUCUGAGCUACUCAAGAAAGGAAAGCUGAAGAAGUUGACGUCCAUCUUGGGUUCCCCACCUGAUCUGAGACCAGAGCUGUACACCAACGACCCAUGGGUGGAAUUCAUCGACCUGGACAUUGAGGAGCAGAACGACAGGCUGACAAACCUGGACACGGACUGCCUCAUGGAUCGCUCCUUGUUCUCCAACUGUUCACAUCUUUCCAUCGGUUUCCGGGACAACGACUCGGGUCAUGCCAGCUGCUGUGAUCCGGAUCUCCCCAGUGACGCGGAAACGUCGCAUUUCCAUCCUCUCAUCCCAAACCCAGUCCGCAAUAAGGAACAGGCUGCUGCCAGACCCAGCUCUGCAAGCCAAAGCACCACAGCGGGAGAUCCUCCUUUAGCAGCCCCUGUUAGAGAAGCGUUGUAUACACAGGUGAGUGAGGUAAAGGCGUCUGGCAAGGUGCUGCUGUCCCCUGAGGAAGAGGUGGAGAAAGACACAGUCAAAGAAAACAAGGAGGACCAGAAGGAGUUAAGGCUCUUGGUAACCACCGAUCGCAGUGGUUACACCUCAGAGAUCAAUGCAAGGAAAAUGAGCCCAUCCUUGCCGACGAUGAAUACGAAUGACAUGUGCUCGGCACGAGGAGACUUGAGUUCUGUCCCGUCUUCAUCAUCGGUGGACUACCACAAGCCUUGCCCGGAAUCAGUUAAAAAUCCUACACCCUCUCUUCCCCCUGCACCAGCCUACACGGUAGUAGAGGAUGUUGGCAUGCAAAACAGCCUGGUGCUGACACCAAAUUCAAUACCAACCUCAAAGGCCGUGCCCACACCGGACAGUUACCUGACCCUUGACCUUUUGGGAAGUAUUGCACCGUAGUGAUCUCUCCAAAGUUCAGUCAACAGCAGAGACAGAUUUCUAAAACAGUCUUUAUGAUUGAUGACUGUCUCAGUGUUGAAUGUCAGCUCACCUAAAAUAGAAUCUUAUGCUUGUCCUGCCACCACCUCAACAUCCUCCAACCUUACGCUAUCUUUAGUGGUAAACGUGUGUAUUACUUCAGGAAAAAGAAGGAAAUUUACAUUGAGGUCUGACUACUCUGAGGCAAAUUCACAGUCUCAUCCAGCAGACUAUGGGCUAUGAGCCCAUUUUUCAGUCAAAUUUACUCCUGUAUCUGCACAGCUGCAGUCAUGAAAAAGGGCUAUCAUUUUACCUCUGCUGUUUUUUUUAGUGCACGCAGUCGUUCAAAUGUAAACCGGUAUAUCCUGCAAAUCUUUUGGAAAUACCAAAGCAUGUUUUGUUGCUUAAAUCAGAGUGUUUGUAUUCUAUAUCCUAGUACAAAUGCAUGUAAAUAGAUUAUGAAUGGUCCAAAAUGCUUCUCAUUUUGCAUUGUGACACUACAUUUUGUAAACAGCCACAAUAAAUGAGAACUGUUCUAUGCAGCCAAUUGCCAUCAUUCUUG